AUGUGUCCAUCAUCACAUUCCUCAACUAUCGCAUUAAAUAAUACACAAAUUCGUACUCUUAUUAAUAUUUAUCCACCUACUCCAAAUUCAAUGCCACCACCACCAUUUCCACAAAAUCCAGUAGAUUUACGUAAACAUACUUCAUCAACGAUUGCUACACAAGCUUUUUAUCAUUUUUAUUUUCCUCAUUUACUUGCUCUUCAAAAUCAACAACAAACAAUUGAUCGUGGAAUAAAACGAGUACAUAGUUCAGAUGAAUCAUUAUCAUCACAAAAACGAAAAUUAAAUAUUCCACAAAAACGUUUUGAUUUUGCUAAAUUAGCUGAUGAAGCUGUAAAAGAUAAAGAAGAAAUAUCCAAUUCUCCAAUAUCAUUGAAUGGCGGUGGUGGUAGUAGUAACAAAAUUAAUUUAUCAGUAUCAUCAACACCAUCUCCUCAACCAGCACCAGCUGCUAUCACUAGUGGUGUUUCAUUACUUGCCUCUAAUAUAACUCCUAAUCAUUCUCGUUCAUCAACUCUAUCAGCAUUUCAUCCAGUACUUAUUACUAAUAAAAAUACUUUAAAUAAAUUAUCUCGACGCCCAUAUUCAUCCAAUCAUACUAAUAAAAAUAACAAUAAUAAUUUCGAUGGUAUUAAACGAAAAAAACGUGCAAAAGAACAUAUAUGUCAAUAUUGUAAUCGUCAUUUUACUAAAUCUUAUAAUUUAUUAAUUCAUGUUCGAACUCAUACUGAUGAACGUCCAUAUACAUGUGAAUUAUGUUUUAAAGCAUUUCGACGACAAGAUCAUUUAAGAGAUCAUAAGUAUACUCAUUCAAAAGAAAAGCCAUUUAAAUGUCUUGAUUGUGGAAAAGGUUUUUGUCAAUCACGAACACUUGCUACACAUAAAGCAACACAUCAACAAUCGCCAAAUCAUCAUGUUCGGUGA